AUGGGUACAGUGCUUAGUCCUAAAUUCACUCCAGCAUCCACCCCUGCUACUAUCUCAGAAAUUUUAAUGACUACUUUGCGUCUGUCUUCAACCGAACUGAUUUGGACGAUUGAACAUCUGUCGUCAUCUCUUCUUAUUUCUCCAACUCCAGACCACGCUUUCUCUCAUGAUAUUUUCUUAACAACCGAGCAAGUUCUAAAUACACUUCUAGCUCUCGACCCCGACAAGGCCACACUCAAAGAGACUGCACAACAGAUUGCACCAUCACCGACCAAGCUUUUUAAUAGAUCACUCAGCUGUGGCGUUUUUCCUGACGACUGGAAGCGUGCAAACAUUGUGCCUCUGCAUAAAAAGGGGAUUAAACGUUAUGUUGAGAAUUAUAGACCCAUCUCACUCCUCAGCCUUAUAUCCAACGCCCUAGAAUGGUGUGUGCUUAGAAAUGCAAGAGAUUACUUACUAGAUUUGAUCAACUGUUUUCAACAUGGCUUCAUCCCGGGGAAAUCAUGUACAACCCAACUAUUAGUGGUACACAAUUACAUUGGGUCCUUGCUGGAUGCUG